AUGGUCCCCGCCGCCUGCAUGCUGCUCUGGGCCCUGCUGCUUAGUUUGGGGCUCCGGGCGGCGGGGGCCCAAGACCAGACGUCAAACCCAACGUCGAUGCAGCGGGUCAGCGUCCGCUUUGGCCCAGCCCGCAGCCUCCGGAGCACAAGCGUCACUACCCGGAACAGUGUACACCAGAAGGCGAAGGUAACUGUAGAGGAUGAGAAUGAUGCGCUGGCCACUGCUGACCGCCUGGCCGCCCCGGCAGCCGCUGAGCUCCUGUCCACUGUGACAGGUAUUAGCCGCUCAUCAGUAUCCAACUUCAAUGAGUACGAUGGCUCCUUGGAAGAGGGAGCUGUGAUUGACGUCAGAAAAACCACCUACCCUGCACCUCUCUCUUCGACCUCCAAUACUAUGAGUGUUAGCACAGCCCCCGGGAGGUUUGUAGCCAAUAGCCAGGAGCGAGAGAUUAGGAUGACCACCGAACUGCCACCCCUCACUUCAAAGCCUACUGUGGACCUGACUUCCGAGACUCCCGAGAGCACCCUGCACCAGUGGUCGACACCUGGGUCCACCCCGACCCCGUGGCGAAAAGCAUCACCCACAGCCAUGCCAGCUCCUGAGGAUCUGCGGGUGAUGCUGAUGCCUUGGGGCCCAUGGCACUGCCACUGUAAGUCGGGUACCAUGAGCAGGAGCCGCGCCGGAAAGCUGCAUGGUGUUUCUGGGCGCCUUCGAAUUGGGGCACUGAACGAACUCCGCACGGAGCACCGGCCUUGCACCUACCAGCAGUGCCCUUGCAACAAGCUGCUGGAGGAGUGCCCUCUGGACUCCAGUCUCUGUCCUGACAGUGGCUGCAGUUCACCCACCACGGCGACGAGCACCACCUCUCCUCAGGCCCCUGUCCACCUGAGACGCAGACCCAUCCUCCCACCCACUAGCCCGAGCCCUAACCCAGCUCUUGCCUUUUGGAAACGUGUCAGGAUCAGCCUAGAGGACAUCUGGAAUAGCCUUUCUUCAGUGUUCACAGAGAUGCAACCAGUAAGUUGUUUUGCUGAUGAGCAGGACGUUCCUUGA